AUGCACGCGGGUCACUUACUGCCGUUCUCCGCUAGCAUCGCGAGCAGCCUCUGUAAAGAAAUGCUUCCAUUCUUGAUGGUAGCCUUUGCUUUUGUGCAAUGCACGGCCAGAAGUCUUCCUGAUUUUUCCGUAGAGGAUGAAGAACUCUUGGAAAUGUCGAAAAUACUAAGAGACGAGGAUGUUAACAAAGCCAAGCCCGGUCAAAUAUUCAUAAAUUAUCAAGGUCACGCGCAAUCCGGGAAAGGAGUGGACAAUGCAGCUAAACCGUUCUUCACCCGGGUUUCCAGCAAACUCCUCAACAAGCCGUCGUAUAAACAUUUCAUCAACAUGAUGAACAAUUUCUACAAAAAGACUGGUGUUCCUGAACCGCGUGUUUCCAAACAAGAAGAACAGCGAGAAAUUUCCUUGUUUCUAGACACCAUUUUGGCAUCAAAGCCGUGGAAGAUACUUUAUAAAUUCCUUCGGAUGAAGCGUCAUCCAUUCGCAAGGGAUCCUGUCACUUUCCGUAGCAGUAUCAAACAUUUAUGGUUUGAUCACUACUCACGCGCUAGGGGAAAGCCGGACACUUCCGGUUUUGAGCACGUUUUUAUCGGAGAGGAAAAUCAUGGCAUGGUUUCUGGACUUCAUAACUGGGUUCGGUUUUAUAUGCUCGAGAAGAAUGCGACUGAAAACUUCGAUUAUAAAGGAUUUAUUGUGAAAAGAAGAGAUGUAAUGGCUGCAUUGAGAUUCAUGUGGGAUGAGGCUUUCAAGUGGACUGGAUCAAUAUUGAUUGGAUCUUCGCCAGAAUAUGAAAUGGCAUUAUACACUAUGUGCUUCCUUUCCAGAAGAGGAAAGAAUCCUUGCGAGGUUGAACUAGAUGGGUGCCCACUGUCAAUCAACAGUUAUGCUAUGAUUCAGAACAGGAAGGUUUACAUAGGCACUAUCUAUCCUACUGCUGGAAAAAUGACGGACACUUGUGCGAAUAAGAACAAGCUUUAAGCACAUAAGGAAAGAAAUCGCAAUUAUAAGUUAUGACACGAUACUGUCGUCAAAAG